AUGGAUCCUUCGCCGAAGAAGCUCAAGAUGAAAGAAGAAUCAUCAACGCCGGAAUUGAUAUCAGGACCAAAUCUGGCAGAACGCCUUCCCAAUGAGGUCAUGUAUGAAAUCUUUCGUCGUGUGCCUCUACCUGCUCUCACAAAGCUAGAGCUUGUCUGUAAACACUGGAAAUCAAUCAUCCGCUACCAUCAAUCGCUUUGGAAGGAAAGCUUCUUGCAAGAGGAUGUAGCUUUCGAGCAGAAAGACUUCUGUGCUCUGCACUCAUUUCAGAUUGUUCCCAAGCUGAUCGAACGCAAUGGCGGAAAGCUUUCAAGUGUUUUCUUGCCAAUUUCGUUGAAGCAUGUCAACAAUGAAGACAUCGAAGCCAUCCUCAACGCUCUUCCCGCCUCCGAGGUACAGCAUUUAUGGAUCGUGAUGGGAGCGGAGUUGCAUUGUUGUCACACCCAUCAAUGCAGAAGGAGGAGUUGGAUUGCCACACCAUACAAGAGAAUGGUCAAGAUGGUCAUCAAGGCUGUGACGCAGUGUUCUAAGCUCAAAACCCUGCGAUUGGUAUCAACAAAAGACGUUUCGAUCGUAACGCACAAGCCGAAAAAGUCACCCGAAUGGCCAUUGGCGAACUGCAAGCUAGAUCGAUUGUCUCUCAUCGGGAUCACGAUCGGGUCUUUGUUUGUUGAUGAAACAAUGUUUGCGACCCUUUCAGCGCUUCGAACGCUGGAGAUUGCCAAUGAAGCCGAAACAAAGAAUGAAGAGGAAAUGGCUGAAGCAACAAGAGUUCUACGUGCCUUGGAAGUGUCAAAGGAUACGCUGGAUGAAUGCAGACUUUUGUGUUCAUUUUACCACCUAGACAAAGCAGCGAAGGAGCAUGAAUUAUUGCGACAACCAAAAGGUGCACUGUGGUUUUCAAACCUAAAGAAGCUGACGUUGAACUUCGAAAGGGGCUUUUCGGAUAUCUGCUGGCUCGACUAUUCGAAUGUUCGACACCUCAAUUUACAAGGCUUGCGCGAUCCGACGGCUAUCUUGAAAGUACCAAAAGCGGAGAUGCUCACAACACUGCAAGUAGAGGUACCGCUCCAGGUCUCUGAGCUUGCCAAAUGCCUCGAACAAUACAAGUUAUUGCAGCAUCUGUCCAUUCGUUUUUCCGUUGCGUCAAAAGGUCCCGUCUUCUUUUGCGAGAUCAAGCAUACAUUGAUGAAUCUGCCUCUGGAAGAGCUUACGGUGCAUGGUAAGUUGGAGCAUCAAGGCGAUGAGAUUGUGGACCUAGUGCGAGCACGAAAGAGCAAUUUAUCCUCGACCAAAAUCAAAACGGUAACGGUUGCUCGAUGCAAGAAUGUUAAUUUCACAAACAAACGUUGGUUGGAGGAAAAUGUUGAGAAUUUGCAGAUCUGGGAUUGGAAGAUUUCAAAUGGAGUUAAUCGCAUCAAUUACGAAUAUGAAGGCUUGCACUUCUUUGAAGUUGAGUCUUCACGUUUGCGUGCGAUGGUGGAUCCCAGCUCAAAGAGGUACUCUUAA